GUGGUAGUGAAUGAAAAUGACAUAAGGAAAAUCACGCUGCAUAGGAAACCACAAACUUUGACUUCAUUGAUGGAACAGCUUGUGGAAAAGCUAGGUCUUCCAUACACGUUUUAUCUUCAGUAUGAAGAUGCUGAUUUUAACAAUGCACUGGUUAACCUCACAGACAUUGCAGAUUUACCUGAAAGGCCCACCUUAAAGGUGAUUGCUCUUGCAGCAUCUCCUGCAGCAUCUCAAACACCAAGUACAGCUGACACAGAUAUUGUGUCUUUGACCUUAGAAGAAGGUUCAUCUAAUGUACGCCAAGCUCAGUGGCCAGAGACCUUUGAAAUCCCAAAUUUUCCUGUAGACAUUGAGUACAGAUUGCGCCAAGGAAAUCUUCUCUACAUGAAAGACCAGACAUAUAUGCACGCUCCUAGGGACAUGAAGCAUGAAAUCCUUGAAAAACUUGCUGAGUCAAUGUACAACUUCAAAGCAUAUCCCUCUGAUGACGAAUUCAAUGAUGUUGCAUCUGCACUAGUCAAAAAACAUCCAUGCCUUAUUGAGCCAGGUUCCUCGACCGGAUGGAACGGUUGGAAGAAUAGCCUCAAAUUUAAAAUGGGGAACUACAGAACAAAGCUACGCCGAGCUGGAUGCACAGAUGUUCUUAUAAAUGCAGGGAAAAGGGGAAGCCAAGAUCCUGUGAGAAGUGUUAAAAGACCUAAACGAUUUGAAAUCAAUUUUCUUCCCAAUUGUCCUGCUAAUGAGGAUGACUGCAGCAUGGAAUCUAAACGCUUACAACUUGUGGAGGAAAUGAAGAAAAGUCAUCCAAGUUCCACCUUGAUAUCACAGCACAUGGAUUCCACUUUCUCCUUGAGAAGAAAAGAGAUUGUAGAAAAGGAGCCUCCAGUAAAAGAGACUCUCCAAAGAUGGCCAUCACUUUUCACAGAAAGACAGAUCAAUUCAGAGUUUAAUCGAAUUACAAGCAAAAACCUCAAGCAAGAAUUUUUCUCUGCACUCGAUAAACAUACUUCACGAUUUCUGGACAUUUUUGAGAGCAAGAAAGGGGCUGUUGGAAAAAGACUCUCUGAAUUUCUUCAGCAAAUCAAACCUGUGAGCACUGACAUCACUGCAAAGCGCACAGCAGUUCUUCGUGGCCUUCCACUCAUUCUUGGAGAAGAAGCCUCUAACUUUUUUACAACAGCACUGGCAACUCCUUAA